AUGCAGACACUCUCUGCUAAUGGUGGUACCUACACCGAGGCCUGGAGAACCAACCCUAAUGGUGGUGGUAUCUCGGUCAAGCUCUCUACUCAGCCUGAUCAAUCUGACGUGCUUCAAUUUGAGUACACCGAAUUCACCGAUACCAUCUACUGGGAUCUCUUCUACUUCAGUACCUCCGGGCCCGAGAUUCUCCCUGCCGUGUGCGCUCGCAGCCCAUCAACGCCGUUGCCCAUCAACGCCGUUGCCCUCCGUCCCUGGCUCUACUUCCUCUCCCGAUGUCCACUCUUCAUGCCCGCUUGGUCGGAAAUUCGUCUGCGCGCUCUACCGAACCCUCGGGCCGCCGCCAUUGCGCACCACUGGCUCGUGCACCUCCAGAUUCCGGAUUUUGAGGCGUCUUAA